GUUUUAUUGUCGUUGAAAUUCUGGACCCAUUCUACUGGACUGGAGGGGGGGGGGGCGUUAACUAUUUCCAAGAAUGCAAUGAACGAUUAAAGAUGGUGACUAAUUAUUUUCAUUACACAGAAGUGUAUACACCAAUAACAAAGGUAAGCAACCUGACGACCACACCGGAAGUAGGCCUAUCUACUUUGACCCCACGUGGUCGGGAAGAAACCUCAAGUCAGUUCACAAUGACGAUUGAUAUAGUAGAAGGGAGUGGUGCAUCCGAAGCGAGCCUGGUCACAACUGCAGAAAAAGCCACUGUUUAUCGAGGAGAAGUUGGUGCCUCUGCGAGUACUCAAGAGGACCUUGCAACAACCGCUGCAACGGAAGAUGCCACUGACCCGUCCACAACCAAGUCCGUUGACGGAGCUGACCCAGGAGAGACUACAACCUCGGAAGCAGUGACCUCACGGGACACGUCUUCACCUCCAUCAUUACCUCCUUCUACCAGUCAUGUUAUCACCACGACUGCAUCCCAGAAAUCCGAGAGUUGUUCGCUGGAUCCAGUUUCAUCUUGCCCCACGGGAUGGAUCACAGAAAGUGACGAGAUCAAUAAAUGCUACAAACUGAUCGAGACGAAAGCAAUCUGGACAGCCUCGAGUCAAGCGUGCUGCGAGCUCUCCUCCUCAAUGCUCGUCAUCGAUUCGUACGACGAAGUCAAAUUCAUCGAAGAAACCUUUGGCUUCGAGGGUGAUGUCGAUACGUGGUUGGGAUGCAUCGAAGACGACACUGGCCUGUGGUCGUGCACAAAUUCGGCAUCCACAUGGGAUCGUGACGGGGAUCAGUCGGGCUAUUGGCGCUGGGGAGAAGGUUGGCCAGAGGAAGACACCGCUGGCCCCCGCUGUCUCUUUAUCGAACUCUCUGACGAUUCUGACUGGAAAGAUACAGACUGCAACGAGUCCUACCGAGCGAUAUGUCAGAAGGUCCUCUCACCAGCUCAAUCAUCCGAAGAGGAGAAAGGAUAAAAAGAAUAUAAUGAUGGCAAAGAUGAAGAUGACUGAGCUUGGAAUCCUCUUUGGAUAAUCAGUUAAAGUAAUCUAAAAAUUUCAAGUACAUUCGGCGUCUGGAGUUAGAUAUUUCAGGCCUGAUAUCAAAUCUAAAAUU